AUUCCGGGCUUUCCAGAAUUUGUUGCUGUUGGAAUGGUGGAUGAAGUCCAGUUCAUUCUCUAUGAUGGCAAAAGUCAGCAAGCUGUCUUUAAACAGGACUGGAUGGAGGCUAUGAAUGCCAAUGAUCCUCAGUAUCUCCAGAGGCAGACACAAAUCGGACAGGGUACUCAACAAUCUUUCAAAGCCAAUAUCGACAUAGCGAAGGAGCGACUCAAUCAGACAGCAGGUGUGCACACAUUCCAGUUCAUGUAUGGCUGUCAGUGGGAUGAUGAAACUGAAGACAUAAACGCAUUUCGGCAGUACGGUUAUGACGGAGAGGACUUCAUCUCCUUUGAUGUGAAGACCAUGCAGUACACUGCUCCAGUGCAGCAGGCCUUCCCAACCAAACUGAAGUGGGAGAACUCACCGGGACAACUCGAUUUUAUGAAAAACUACCUCAGCAAUGAGUGUGUUGAGUGGCUCAAGAAAUAUGUUAACUAUGGGAGAAGCUCUCUGGACAGGAAAGUGGCUCCUGAGGUCUCCCUGCUGCAGAAGGGCUCUGAGGUGGCGUGCCAUGCCACAGGCUUCUACCCAGACUCAGUGAUGAUCGCCUGGAAGAAGAACGGACAGGAGAUGGAUGAUGAUGUGGAUGUGGGGGAGACCCUGCCCAACGAGGAUGGAACCUUCCAGAAGAGAGCUGUACUCACCGUCUCACCUGAGGAGAGGAAGAAUGCCCAGUACUCCUGCGAGGUCACACACAAGAGCGGAGAACCCAUUAAUGAGGUCUUGGAUGAAGCGAAGUUGAUCCGCAGCAAUGGGGAUUCUGGCAUUGGCAUGGGCGUGAUCAUUGGCAUCAUUGCUGCUGUUCUCGUGGUUGGCGGAGCUAUUGCUGGCAUUGUUGUCAUGGUGUUGAAGAAGAAGGACUAUGAGAAGGCAUCAUCGCACGGUGACACCAACUCUGACAUCUCCAACCCCAACCCCAUUGUCCGGACUGCUGAAACCGAGAAACUUAACGCCGACCCCUCUGUGUGAAGAGUGAAGGGCCCAGCCAUGGCUCAAUCAGCUGGGCACUGGUGUGCUACUGUCCGGCUCAAGUAAUUUGCAGAGACCUAAUCUCUCCCCACUCGCUUCCUGUCACCCUCUACCUGUCCUGUCACAAAAAUAAAGGCGUAUGCCUUGUUCACACCAAGCGACGGAAGUCAUGAUUUCUCUAUGGAGGGUGCGCAACCAGAGCGAAUUCGCCAGGGGCGAAGGGAACUGAGUGAACAGAGGAAAUUUCAACAAUUAAAGUCAAGCUAAUAUUAUGGUAAUGAGCUAUGACGCGGUUUGGCAAAAAAAAACAAUUGGAAUGUUCCUCUCCAAGCCAGAGCCGUUAUGUGAUUAGCUAAAUCAAACAUGUCAAUGUAACUUAUCGAGCAAAUUCAUGGAGAAACCUCUUCUGCUACUUUCACGACAAGGCAGCGUAGGUCGUUCUUGGUGUGGACAAGGUAUUAAAGCCCCAAAAAAAUCUUUGAAGAGUGAGGAGUGCUGAAGGAAAAUCAUUCAGCACAAAUCAACUGAUGUAGAUACUUGUAUAUAUUUAUAAACUUACAAGAUGACUUGUUUGAUUUUUUUCCCAGCAAUAGACCAUUCACUUUUUGCUGACUGGGGUUUAUUUGCACUAUUGUUAUUUUCCAUGACAGUGGUCCAAAUUGUGGAAUAGUCGUCUGUAAGCCAAUUCAUGUCUAUGAGACAAUCUUUGAAGACAUUAUUUUGAGUACCUGAAUGAGUUGGUGAUUCUUGUUUGGUUCUCUGGUUAGCUUACUUUUUGGAUUUGUUUGUGCAAUGUUUUGUAAUGUUUUGACAUUUUCAACAAGCGCAACUUUCUUUCACUUUUCAACAUUAAACUAAAUUGGUGGUGGUGGCAAAUGCAGUAGUGUGGAUUCUUAUGGAAUCCACAAAUGUAAGGUUUCAUUUUUAAAGUACAUGUUUAAUUUCUCUAUCCGGAACGCCAUUGCAUCAAGAUAUAGCUUAAGGAACUCACAAGAAAAUGUGGACAUCCUGAUCAGAUUACUAAAUUGUAUGAUCGAUUUCCAGUUUUAAAAACAAAUAAAAUAAAAGGUACCCAUUUGGAAA